CGUAACAGUCCUCAUACCUCUACAUGAGCUCAACCCUCUACCAUGUAGAGUAUUGUCAACAUCUAUUCCAUCCUCCGUAGCGGACCGUCCUUCUUUUCCGCCUAUGGCGCCUGCCAAGUUGUGAUCCAUGACGUAGGCCUAGCUCACCAUGCGCAUCGGCACUGCCACGUUCUUAUCGCGGACGCCAUCGACUGAUAGAUUACGAUGGUGCACCGGAUGAUACCAUCGGGUCCAGCAACUCGAACUUCAAUGUAUAGAAAGAGAUAGCACAAGGUUCAGUUCAAGCGUUGUAAAGGCGUCAGCAACACCACGAUGGCUCCGACACGUUCCCGAGUAAGGGCACCUAAAUGUAGAGCGCUCCAGAGCCUGGUGCUCGGGAUUCUAGCCCGCCACGCCCUCGCGCAAGAUCGAAACUCCAAGCGCGGCUUCUCCUUUGUCGGCGACAGCCAUGACUCCGACAACUCCCUCCUCACAUCCUCCAAAACGCCACUAAACUGGUUUUACAAUUGGUCCCCCUACCCGCCCUCUCAAAUCGAUCCCUCGGAUAGCAUGGAAUUUGUCCCUCUGAUCCACGGCAUCGAUCAAGCAGAAAGCGGCCAGACACAGGAUGCCAUUGAGAGCCUUCCGGAUUCUAGCACACACCUCCUGUCCUUCAAUGAGCCCGACGGCACCACCUCCAGCGGCGGGAGUAGCAUCUCGCCCUCCGAUGCAGCUCGCGCCUACAUCAACCACAUUGUUCCUUACCAAUCCUCAAACCGCGCAUGGAAGAUCUCGCAUCCUUCCACAACCGGAUCUCCCAACGGGCUCGACUGGCUUCGCCGCUUCAACGAAUCCUGCCACGAGAUUGACGAGCAGAAUGGAUGUCCCACGGACUUUAUUGCAGCGCAUUGGUACGGCGGAUUCCCCGGGCUAGCGGGCUGGCUGGGAACGUUGAAUGAGUUUUACAAUACGAACACGUCAAGGGAUCCACCGCUGAUGAUUUGGGUCACCGAGCUGGCGCUUCCGCAGGCGGAUGCGCAGGCUACAGUGCAAAUGAUGAACCAGACACUUCCUUAUUUGGAUCAACAGGAGUAUGUGGAGAAGUAUGCAUGGUUUGGGGCUUUUAGGACAGACGAUGCAAAUGAGUGGACCGGUGAUGGUGUGGCACUGUUCGAUGAGGAUGGAGGAUUGACGGAGCUUGGAGCCCUGUAUAUGGGUGGGGAGGCGAAUGGUUUCCAAGAGGGGCAGAAGGGAGAGAGCGCGGCGGGGCAACUCUUCAUAAGCCGGGCUUUGAUGAUCUUGCUCUCCUUACUUGUGGCCAUGUUUAGCAGUUCCUGGUAGAAAUCGAAGCGAUGUGAAGAGAAAGGGGCGAGAGGGUUUGGGAAACGGGCCUUGGCCUUAUAUUUUAACGACCAGACACCGGAGAAAUGAAGUCCCAAUCAUGCCGGAGCAUACAUAAGGUAUGGAAAACCCUUUGAUCAUUCGCUCAUUGACUCCUAGACCGUGCCCAUGCUGUCUCCGUUUUCUCAGCACCGAAUGCCAGUCCCCUGAUCCUUCUUCCUCUACGCAGCAGUGAUGGCCCGGCGGGCCUCACGGCCACGCUGCCUGGAGUUCAAUCGGGCGCGGUCAAGGGCUUGCGGGGACUUCUGCACGGCCUCGGUACCCUCGGUAAGGAUGAGCUCGAUGUGGCAUGGGUUCGACAUGUAGG